CAACAGAAAACAGUAGACUUCUGUCUCGUCCACUGACUUGGAUCGGGUUGCAUUGCAUGUUGUUCACUGUUUGAAUGUUUCACUGUGCGUUUCAGCAGUUUAGUCCUUACAAGGUGAAGCGCCUGAUGUGGCAGAUAUGGUUUGUCAGAUCAAUCCCCAUACUGAGUUCAUGAGAUAAGACCGUCAAUCAGAAGCGAUGGCCGAGUGGUGAGAGUUGCAGACUUUGGACCCACUUCACUCGCUCCUCUUCUUCGCCGCAGGCUGCAGCGCCUUUGGUUGUGUCCCUUCACUUGUGGAAAACAUGAAGAUCGAUUUUGCCCCCAUCGACGUGCCCCUCCAGAGGAGACUACAGACGGCCACGGUGCUGCAGUGGGUCUACUCCUUUCUUGGCCUGGCACCCACCUGCAUUUUCCUGUUCUUCUACCUGCUGUUCACCCGCUAUUGGCUGAUCAGCGUGCUGUACUUCGUCUGGUGGUUCAUUGACUAUGACACCCCAGGCCGGGGAGGCCGCAGGGUGCCUCUCCUGUGUGGCCUCAAACUUUGGGGAUACAUGCGGGAUUACUUCCCCAUCAAGUUGGUGAAGACAGCUGACUUGGAUCCCAGGCACAACUACGUCUUUGGUUUCCAUCCCCAUGGCGUGCUGGUGGCGGGAGCCUUUGCUAACUUCUGCACCUACGCCACAGGAUUCAGACAGCUGUUCCCUGGCCUCACCAGCUACAUGCUCAUGUUGCCCCUGUGGUUCAGGGCCCCGUUCUUCAGAGACUACAUCAUGUGUGCAGGCCUGAUUCCUUCAAACAAAGAGAGCGCCAGCUAUCCGCUCUCCCAAAUGGGUGUUGGUAACGCUGUUGUAAUAGCAGUAGGUGGGGCCCCAGAGGCCCUCGAUGCUCACCCUGGGUCCUACAAUGUGAUGCUGGCGAAGAGGAAAGGCUUCAUCAAAAUGGCCAUGGAGAAUGGAGCUCAUCUGGUGCCAGUCUUUUCCUUUGGAGAGAAUGAAGUAUUUGAUCAAGUAGAAAACCCAAGAGGAACCUGGCUACGAUGGUUACAGGAACGACUGCAGAGCAUCAUGGGUAUCUCCCUGCCUCUCUUCCACGCACGUGGCAUUUUCCAGUACUCCUUUGGUCUCAUGCCUUACAGAAAAUCCAUCAAUACAGUAGAAGUCUAUCCAACAUGGCGGGCCCUCGCGAGCGACGGGAGAUCACACAAGGAACAACUUGCUGAAGUGGGUGCCGAGCAGUGACCGUCCACCAGAAUCAAGGUAACAUUAAAUGGUUAACUUACGCUGUAUCCUUUAUCUUAUAUCAUUUAUUUGGAGCAUUUUCAGUUUAUUACAGUAUCAAUCAUUUUUGGGGCAAAUAUUUGUGAAUUUCAAGUCAGUUACUCAGUAAAGGCAAAUUACAUGGUUUCUGUGUUGCCAGGCAAUUAAUUUAAAAUUAUAGGGAGACUGGCAAAGACAGUCUGAUUUCAUCAUAUCAAAGCAAAAACCAGAUAAGACUUCUUUUCGGUUUUGAAACCUGAUAACCACAUUGCAGCUUCGACUCUCUCUGGAAUAAUUGAUGAAUUCCAAAGUUCAGAUUUUGGAAGAGUAGAACCAAUAGAGUUUUAGUUGGGGCCCCACUGAAUGCUAACUUGGCUGGCCAUUGAUUUAUUCACCAAGACAAAAUUGUCUGUGUCCUUAUUCUUUUGUCUUGGCCAGCGGCAUUCAGAGCUCCCUCUUAUCUGUCUGUUGUAUUUUAAAACUGGUUAUGGAAAUUUCAGUGUAGACAUCUUUAGUAAAAAAAUUUAAAUAUUUUUGAUAAAAAAGAAUGGAAACCCUGCUUGUUUUGUGCAUCUGGUUAGGGAUGGCAGAUGCAAUGCUGCAGUGUCUGUAAAAAGUCAGAGUCAACCAGCAAUCCUUUGUACCAGUAGUAGUCAUAGUAAAAGUAGCAGUAAAGGAAGUAGUUGUGAUGCGAGUACUGCUAAAAGCAGUAGUAUAAGCAUCCGUCAAACCCUGCCUUAGAUGCACAGUAUUUUAUGAUGGCUCAUAUUUACACACUGUACACUCACUUCAUAGCAUUUGCUAAAAAUAUUUACAGUAAAAACUACCUCUAAAAAAGUAACCACAUAUCAUAACAUCUUUAUUUAUAUAUAUUAAUUACCUUAGAAUACUCACCCAAAAAAUACCUUCCUGGGUAUACUCAUCUAUUGAAUAACCAUAUGUACCUGUAAAACACAGAUCCUAAAUGUUGGAUGAUGACCUAUAGAAUAGUUAUUUACUCACCUGCUCAGUAAUGACCUCUGAAAUACUCACCUGUAAUAUAAAUGCAAUGGUCUAGUUCCUGCAAGUUUACCUCACAGUGGGUCCCUUCUGUGCGUAUUCCAGGUGGAAGAGUUGGACGAGCCAGACGUCGUGGGAACUAAAAGUCCAGCUCAUUUCAGUCCCGCAAGCACUGCUGUUGUUGUGGGAGAUGAACUCGUGAUGAGCGACAUCCGCAGGUUGGCUGAUGCACUUGAUGCAUUGUUGUCUGGGCUGAUGUAUGCAUUGCAUUUGGAAGAUCCCAGGGAACACAUUCCCACUUUUACCUUCAUCCACAAAGUACUGAUGGCAAAAUUACAAUUGUGUGUUCGUAUGUGUCCGGGUCUGUAUGUACACACUAUUUUGCACUUUAAGGAGUUUGUACAACAACUUGUUGAUCUGAAUCCUGCAAUAAUGUAACAACAUUUUUAGUAUUGUGUUUUUUCAAGUUCCUAUGUAGUUUGAUGGAAAGCAUAAGAUGCUCCAAUUUCUCUUGCUCCUUUGUGUUUGACAUGUACGCAUACAGAUUCAUUACAUUGGAUGUUUUCAGUUUAUAUUGGUAGAGGUGUCACUGUCCAAGGUUUUCCCUUCAACCAAACACUGCACCAAGCUUCACCCUCUGGACAUGUAAACUAAACCCUUCAGGAUCAUCACAUAUGCCACAUUGAAAAGCUUUAUAAGCUUCUGACAGACAGGCCUCAAGUCUGUUUCACUCAUUGUUGUGGAUAUGUUCCAACUUCAAUCAUGUACGCUGUGAUGGCUGCAGCACUUGUUUACAUCGCAGAGAAAAAAGAAAAUUUGUAAUAAAUUUGUUCUUUUACACA